GCGACGGCCCCGCGCCGUUAAGUGCGCCGGCCAAGUUGACAGGGGCCAUGGUGCUAACCAGCUGGGGCUGGAAAGGUGAUGGUUGCGGCAUCGGCGUCUGGAACGACGUCACCGCCAUCGGAGCUUGUAGGGGCAUGGUCCCCGCGCCUGGAAGGGCGAAGGGGAACAUACCAGGGAGGAAAGGCAUCCCCCCGUUCUGCUGGCACAUGGCCAUGACCUGGCCAAAGCCCUGGAUGGCUUCGGAAGGGACGGGGGUCACGAAGGGACUGAUCACGCUGGCCGUCGAGACAGAGCUCAGGCCCAGAGGCAGCACCGGGGCUGAAAUGACCGGUAUGGUAGCAGCCACAGGGAUGCUGGCGCCCUCAUUGGUGGCUUGCACCUGUGCGGAAGCUAAGGGGACAGGACCACGUGCGCCCACGUGGGGGCAUGCUGCCGAUGUGGUGCGAGGUGACUGGUUUCGUCCUCAAGCUGCCUUGUCGCCUUGUGAAGGGGAUCAUUUCCUUUGUCAAGUAGUGCCUUGGAUGGAUUCUUCAGCAUCUCCAGUUGUCCUCUACUGACACGGGUCGCUACACGCCAAACCCUCGCAGAUCCUCUCCUGCCGACACUUUCCAACCCCAGAAACUACACCGGGUAAUCUCCGAGGGAUGAAUUUAUCGAAGUCUGGAACAAAUAGGAUGACAA